AUGCGUGAUCUAGGAAACAUCUGGGGUGCCAUUCACGCUCUAAAGAGCUUGUUGGGAAUUAUUGAUAACCUUGUGCUAGACGUGGCCAAGAGUCUAACCGUCAAGACUCUAGGUAUCGUCGAAGACUUGACCACGGCUGUUGUCGAGGCCCUGGAUCAGCUUACCAUCAUCUGGAUCAUCGUCAAGCUAUACAAUAUUGUCGCAGGUGAUGAGCUGAGUAUUAUAGACCUGAUCCUUCUCGUGACCGUCGCCCUGGUCGCUCUGUUGUACAUGGUGGCCACUGGAACUACACCCAUAUAG